AUGCCUUAUGAGAUUCUUCUCGUUAUCUACGAAAGUCUGGGGCACGCCCCCUCUCAGGUUGCCCUGGCGCUGUCCUGUAAACGGAUGGCGAUUGUGGCUCGAGACGUCCAGCUGUCCCUCUCGCCCACGUCGCCAAAAUAUGCAGGCUUCCUCCCCCGGACCGUCUUUGAUGUCCCGGAGCUCAUGACUCAAUUGAAGCCAUGGAUGCCCAGUGACUUGCGCUUAUGCAACCACUGCCUCACCAAUAGACCUCGGCGCGAGGAGUAUUGGGACACCAUCAUGGGCUGCGAAAUCAGCAACUUCUGGGUCCAGAAGACCGGGUGGAACUUCCACAACGCGAGCUGGCACAAGCACGUCCACGACAUCUGCCCCGCGUGCCAUGCUUCUUGUACCCUGAGCGACUACGUUGAUUGUGACGGUUGUCGCGCCCUCGGACGCCUUGGCGACGUCGACUGGACGAGAGUAUCUGACUCCUGGCGAAGGAGGACAGAAGAAGAACUUCGAGCCGGACACUUUGCAACUGGCCCUGGGUGA